GUUGGGACAUUGUUCACUGAAUAAAACACUAAAGAUGAUAGGGAAGCACGAGACAGGGUUGUGUGAGGGAUGUCGAGCAGAGGAGUCAGUGGAGCACAUAAUCAUGACUUGUAAGAGAUAUGAAACACAGAGGCAGGUAAUGAAGAAUAAACUAAGGGAGAUUGGGGUGCAGGAGAUCACAUUACAAGGGUUACUAAGCACAGUAAAUAGGGCACAGAGUAGAAUAUUGAUUACUUUUUUAAGGGAAGCAGGGGUUUUAAGCAGGAUUUGAUGUAUGAUGUGUGUGGAUAUUAAUGUGAGGGGACAAUGUGAGUGUUGUGUAAGUUUUAGUGGGAAAAGGGAAUAGAUAACCUAUUAGCUGAUCCACACUCCGGAGCAGAAGGGGGCGGUAAUGCACCAAUAAGCUGGAUGCCAACCGCCGUUAAACUGGAAAGAAGAAGAAGAAACUGUCAUCAUCGUCUAGAGGCUUCUUCCACUGAAGAUUUGAUCGGAUUAUCGUGACACCCUGCGGCGAUUUAAGCAGAAUGUCCCUUCUGAAAUAAAACAGACAGGCGGUAUUCUGUGUUAUGGAUAUUACAGCAGGUGGCGAUAUAGACGCUCAUUCCGGAUAUGCUCCUCUUCAAGAACAAGACGUUCAAAUACGGAGUCUACGGUUUUAAUUUGGCUCCAUCCCUAAAGAUGAAUUAAGCCAGUCAAAGUAAGUCGGGUGAAAGUGAAAGUAUUACACAGAAGAUGGAGAGUCAUCAUCAGGGUGCUGUGAGCAGCAGCUCUGGAGCUGAUCUUCUCUCCAGGAUCGCUCUCAAUGAUAACAAAGCUGGCAUGGAGGGGCUGGACAGAGACAAGAUCAACAAGAUCAUUCUGGAAACCUCCAAGGGAUCUAAAUUUUAUGAGAAUGAACUGAAGAAGGAGCAGCAGGUGAAUCAGCGCAUUGAAAAGAUGAUGGAGCAAAAAGCAAGAGUCACGAAAGAACAACUGAAGCAAGCACAAGCAGAGGUGGACAAACUGACGUGUGAACUGGAGAGGAGUCGAGAGCUGGGCCGUAUCUUUGCUGCUGCUAAGGACCUUCUCAAAGUUGAGAUUGACAGUGUCAGCCCUCAGCCACUAAAACUAAGACUCAUGGGUGUUCGAGUGUCCGGCUUUAUCAGCGCUGAAGAUAAAAAACCUCUUCAGAGGAGUAUAAUGGGAUUCCUGCAGAAAGGUGGAUCUGAUUCAGGCAAUUUCACGCAGUGUGCUGGAUCUGUGCUCAAAGCAGAAGAAGACAGUGAUGGUGCCAGUUUCCUAAAGCCACAGGCCACUGAGAUGAAAGUACCUUCUGUGUCUGAGCAAAAACCCAAAUCUAAAGGACCACAGCAGCAAUCGUUUUUUCAAAGAGCACAGUUGAAAAGACUACAGCUGCAGCAGCAGGUACAAAUUUCUGUUAUGGCUGGUACAGACACAACAAACAAUAGUGCUGACGCAGCUGCUGAUACACAGACAGAUCUACCAACAACAAACAAUCUGUCAGACACAACAUCAGCAAAAAGUUUGUCCAAUACAAACUCAGGGACAGACACAACAAGCUACGUAAACAAACCCGCAGUUUUAAAGCCAUCAUUUAAAAUCUCAACCCAGGUGCUGCCGUUUCUCACCUGUCCUGUGUGCAACAUAGAGAUGAAGGAUGUAAACCUUACAGCCUUCAACAACCAUAUUGAUGAAUGUCUGAAGGGCAGUGCGGUGGAUAAUGAACCCACACAUUUGGAUGCGCCUAAGGACCAGGAAGAGCUCAACAGCAAACCACCUGCAUCAAGUUCAGAAAGCAGGACUUUAAAAUCCUCAAGCCACGACCCAUCCUGUAAUGAAGAGAAGCCGUCCACUAGCAUCUCUGUGCCACUGGUGGAAACUGAUGAAGACGGUGAUUUCAAGACUCCAUUUUUUAGUCACAGGACAAAAACAAAUGGAAAGCGUUCUGUUCUUUCUAAAAAGAAGAUGCCUGUUUGUGAAUCUAGUUCUAAAGCAUCACCCACAACACACAAUCUUGGGGCUGUCACAGAGAUGUCAUCUGACUCGAACGGCUCGUCUUUGACGUGUCCCGUGUGCAGUCAGUCGCAAAGCACUGAUGACCUCGCGCUCUUCAACCGGCAUGUGGAUAUGUGUCUCAACCAGGAUGUUCUGCUGGAGUUUAGAGAAUCUCAUCCUCCUGUGGGUUAUUCAGAUGAACCAGCACUCAAGAGCGUACGAGGCCAACUGGGGGACCAGGGAAGAGUUUCUAAAGUGAGAGAAAAAAGCAAAAGGCAGGGAUCAUCUCUUCUUCCUCCCUCGAAAAAACCCAAAGUGUUGAGCACAAAACACACGAUCGACAAGUUCUUCAAAGGCAAUGCCGGACAGAAAGUCUAAUUCUUUUACAAAUCCAGAGAGUUUUAAUUUAUGAAGAAGAGACUUUAUAAUCCAUAAGGAUUUUGCUGGAUUCACUUGAGGGAAUAUUUUGAUGGAACAAGUAAGAAGAUUCUUGUAGGGUGAAGAAAAUCAGGUGUUUGAUAAGAGAUGUUUCAGAUGAUAUACUCUGACACAAAGCUGAAAAACUGUUUGGGUAUAUUUUUUGUCAUUAUUGAAAUGUGUAUUUGUGUGGUGGAAAAAUGCUUCAAAUUUAUACUUUUGGACUUGCCUCUUUCAGUAUUUAUGUAGAUCAUUGAGGUUACAUGUACAUUUAUAUAUGAGUGAAAUAAUUUUAUUCUAUGCAUAAAUGGAAAUGAGCAUUUAAUUGUGUAUGGAUAUUGUAAAGCACUUUAUAAACCAUGACAUAAGGCUUACCAUCUAAAUAAUAAAUAUUUUCAAGUUUCAUAAUUGAUAAAUUUUUACAAUUCUGCAUGUAUAUAGGCAGUAUAUCUAAUUUCCACCAAAAAUAAAUGAACAAAAACAUUGUUCUCUUAAUGUUGCUUUGUGUCGGUACGGAAAUAUAUCAGGUUGUUUUUCUUUGUUUGGAAACUAUUUAAACAGCUUUACUCUUGUUGUUGUUUAUUCAUCAAUUCUCUUUCCAUGAUAAAUGCUAGGAUGUUAUUUAUAGUAUUGUAAAGUACACUUCCAUUCAAAUGUUCGGUA